AUGGCCUGCUCCUCAUCCAUUAUCGGCGUCUCCUCCAUAUACCAACCCAACCCCACCCUCGACCCCAAGAAACCCGCCCCGCCAUCUCUGCACCUCCAUUUCUCCGCCGCACGCAACAGUUUGAGAGCUUUCUCGUCGUCGCGUCACAAGUCCAGCGCGGGUCUUGCAGUAUCCUUCGUGCCGUCGGCCAUCGCGACCUCGAACUCGUCGGUGUUGAGCGAGGAGGCGUUCAAGGGGCUCGGAGGUUUCGGAGACGUUAGCGACGGCGAGUACGGCGAAUUGGAGGAGGAUGAGUCUGGGAACGAAGACAAGCUCGAUAUUUCUAGGAUUGGUUUGCCCCAGCGGCUCGUGGACACGCUUGAGAAACGUGGUAUUAAGGAGCUUUUCCCCGUUCAGGUUUUUGUGGUUUACAUUGGUUUCUAA